GAUCUACAGAAAGCAGUUCGACGGAUGUGGCACCAUUGGAGCCACAUGGAGUACCACUUCACGUUUGUCUCCGUGCGGCCAGUCAGUUCCUACGACCACUUCAUCAGUCACGAUUGGGGGACUCCUCGUUGGAUGAAAGUCCUCUCUUUGAUGAUCGUCUUCAAUGCACCUGCGCGAGGCAUCAUGGGACUCGGAAACAAUUUGGAGUGUUCGCAGGAACUCACCGUGCUUUGGUCGCCGCGAUACUUCACUCGGCUUUGGUGCACCUACGAGAUUGCAAUGUUCCUCCGCCGACCCGAGCGCUUGCGGAAAAUCCAUCUGGUGCCCGUUACUAUGCCGGUCAUUCUUUGCCUCUUCAGCGCAGCAUGGCUCUGUGUGCGAUUGCAGCUCACCGUUGUGGAGUCUGUGACCAUCGAUUGGGACCUCACCGGCUUGAGGCUACUUGUGAGGAUCGGCCUAAUGCUUCUGUUGGUUCCGGUCUUCGUGAUGCAGAGCUAUUCGGGAAUGGGUUUGGUCCAAGACUUGGAGAAGCUGCCUAAGCAGCUACAAGAGUUCAGCAUUUCAGACAGCCAAUGUUCUUGCUGCUUCUUCGAGCACAGACAUCCCAAAACUGGCAAAAGGAUCAUGUGUGACAGGGAAGUUGUGUACCAGGCGGUGAGUGAUUCGUAUGAUGACCAAGAAGUCAGACGUACCUAUUUCCACGAGGUCUCACGAACAACGUCCGGCCUAGAUGUCUUUGAUGGGGCAGUCAGGAGUCAGCUGUCUGAUAGAAUUUCAGAACAGCGCUUGAGCAGCAGUCUUAUUCCUCUUGACCUCUUCAUUUACAUGGUUUGGGCCUGGGACAUUCCUUGGCUUGCGCCAAGACUCCAUCUCAUUUCCCAAGUUGGUAACCUUGGCCGCCACCCGGAAUAUGAGCAUUAUGACGACCUCUUGCGAGUCUUGUAUGCAUUGGCAGACAUGAUUCACUGGGCGAAGACGCUGCCAUCCAUCCUAGUACUGCUCUUGGUGUCCAUGCGGCUAUGGAAAUUGAUGUCACGCUGGAAAUGUUGCCCUCGGAUUGUGCGGGCACUUGCCUCCGUGCCCAUGGUCAUUCUGAGCACUCUGCUUGUUUUCCUAACCAUAUCACUUGCAUGGGACUUGACCGAGGAUGACUGGAACCCUUUGAACACACUGCCUUUCACCUUCUUCCU